AUGUCGGGGACCCGCUGCCAAGCGCUGUACCCCUUCUCCGGGGAGCGGCACCGGCAAGGGCUGCACUUCGCCGCGGGGGAGCUGAUCACGGUGCUGCAGGUGCCAGACGGCGGCUGGUGGGAAGGACAGAAGGAGGACGGGCUGCGAGGCUGGUUCCCGGCCAGCUACGUCCAGCUGCUGGAGAAACCCGGAAAGGCAACUCCUCAGCCAGGAGAAGAUACCUUGAAUGGCCACCUUCCCCCCGGCUGGCAGAGCUACAUGUCUCCCCAGGGCCGCAGGUACUAUGUGAACACCUUCACAAAUGAAACAACCUGGGAGCGGCCAAGCAGUGUGCCUGGGACUCCAAAGAGCCCUGUGUCACAGAAGAGUUCUGCAGUGAAUGGCUACUACAUUUCUGGGACUCCGGUACACCAGCUUGACUCUGGUCAUAUGAGCCUCCAAAAAGCCAGUGGGGAUCCCCAGAGCCCGGGGUCCCCGGCGGCACCGCGGCGGCAGAGCAAGGAGAGCAGCCUGACGAUCAACUGUGUGACUUUCCCCCACCCUGACGUAAUGCCAGAGCAGCAGUUGCUGAAACCUUCAGAGUGGAGCUACUGUGAUUAUUUCUGGGCAGAUAAGAAGGACUCACAAGGGAACAAUACGGUGUCGGGAUUUGAAAUUCUUCUUCAAAAGCAACUUAAAGGGAAACAAAUGCAGAAAGAAAUGGCAGAGUUUGUUCGAGAAAGGAUAAAGAUUGAGGAGGAAUAUGCUAAGAACCUGUCCAAACUGUCUCAGAAUUCCUUGGCUGCUCAGGAAGAAGGCACACUGGGAGAGGCUUGGGCUCAGCUCAAGAAGAGUCUAGCUGAUGAAGCAGAAGUUCAUCUCAAAUUUUCUUCUAAGCUUCAAAGUGAGGUAGAGAAACCCCUGCUCAACUUCAGAGAGAACUUUAAGAAAGACAUGAAGAAGUGUGAUCACCACAUUGCAGACUUACGGAAGCACCUGUCCAGCCGCUACACAGCAGUUGAAAAGGCCCGGAAAGCCUUGACAGAGAGACAGAAGGAUCUGGAAAUGAAAACACAGCAGCUAGAGGUGAAGCUCAGCAACAAGACAGAAGAAGAAAUCAAGAAGGCGAGACGAAAGUCCACUCAGGCAGGAGAUGACCUGAUGCGCUGUGUGGAUCUUUACAAUCAAGCCCAGUCAAAGUGGUUUGAGGAGAUGGUGACCACCACUCUGGAGCUUGAGAGACUAGAAGUUGAGAGGGUGGAGAUGAUUCGGCAGCAUCUGUGCCAGUACACACAGCUGCGGCAUGAGACAGACAUGUUCAACCAAAGUACAGUAGAACUUGUGGAUCAGUUGCUUCGGAAAGUGGAUCCUGCCAAAGACAGGGAACUGUGGGUAAAAGAACACAAAACUGGAGAUAUCCGACCCGUGGACAUGGAAAUAUAGACUGAUCUAUAGUUGUAUGUGAUGAGUCCACUGAAUUAACCAGGCUAAUGUUUGUUUUUUAAGGUUCAGAAGAGCAUAGGGAAGAGGUUGUUUUACUACCAGACACUUUGUAAUUUAUGCCUCUAUGGGCUAUCUCUGUUCCAUUUAGUCAUUACAAUGGUCCUCAUUGUGCUAAGCCUUAAGCACCAGACAUUCCAGGGUGAAGAAACCAGAUGUGUGCUUCCCACCAGAGGUUCCCAAUUGCACGCAGCUUCGAGAAGAAAUCUGCUUUCUGGUACAGAAAGUGCUCUGUUCUUCAGUGACUUUGUUCUCCACCCCUUGCAUGACUAUCUUUAUACAGUAUGUUAGAACAACCAUGCAGUGAGCCUCUGGCCAGCGAUUAGAUAACUGAACAUGAUGCAGGAGGCAAGGAAGUCCUGAUCAUGAAUCCCAGGUCUAUCACUGGCUGCUUUCAUGGCCACAGGCAAGUCAACUAACUUUCCUGGCUGCCCUAUCUAUAAAAUACAUGUAUCUCACAGGAAUGUUGUGUGAAUACAUUGAUUUCAUCUAACACUGUUUUUCACCAUGGCAGUGAAGUGAUGGCCCUUCUCCCAAAAUCUGUGGAGAAGACUCCUGUUCUUCCUGUUUUAUACUCCCUCUCAGGGAUACAUAAACCCAUUAUUAUGAUUUCUGUUGUAGGCCAAUCGAUAAGGUUGAAAGUGUUACCAUCACAAUUUUUUUAUCAGGAAAGACUUGGUUGUGCUAUACCUACCUCAUUAGCUGUUGGAGUGCCCUCAAUGACGGGAGGUUAUAUACCAAGGAAUUAAUGAGAUGUUCAAAACCU